GACUAAACGGCAAAAAAAAAAAAAAAAGAACAAGCAAUAUAACAGCUAUUGCUUUUGCAACUCAUAAAUCCAGAUGUGGUCACUGCAACAACAACUAGCUUCAUCACCACCAUCACUACAAACUCCGUUCCUCUGCGCCGGUCGUAAUCCCAAAAGUGCCCCCUUUUCUCUUCAACUAUUUCGGGAACAACCACGCAAUUACAAGGCUUACCACCAUGGAGUUUUAAGGGCAGCCCUGGUAGAUGAAAUUCCGCCGAAUGCCUUCCGCCGGAAACUUGACCCCAAUUGGAGAGGAGGCUUCAGCUUAGGGGUAGAUUUGGGAAUGUCCCGCACCGGCCUUGCUCUCAGCAAAGGCUUCUCCGUCCGUCCUCUCUCCGUUUUGAAACUGAGAGGAGAGAAGCUUGAAGUACAGCUGCUUGAGAUUGCGCAAAAGCAGGUAUUUUUAAUCGCUGCUGCUCAUAGGGGCUGGAGAGUAUACCUGCUGGAUGAACAUGGGACGACAAGAGAGGCUGUUGACCGAAUGAUCUGCAUGGGCCUCAGUGAAACUGCUAGGCAAAACAAAAGCGAUGCCUAUGCCGCAAUGAUGGUGCUGGAGAGAUAUUUUUCCAUGUCAGGCGAGGGAACUGAACUUGUACUGCCCAAGAAUGUGGAUCUACAAGAGAGACUUCGAAGGGGGCCUGCCAGGGACAUCGAUUUUUUCCCUGAAGAAUGAGGACUGACUAACAAUUUUCUGUGCGAGAAGAAACAAACUGUGAAUUACUUGGGACAAGUCGAUUAUGUUGAGCGAACGAGUGGAAAAAAGUUAUCAAAUUGUAGGAUUAAAACCUGUGGAAUACAUUGCUAUAUUUGCAUAUGCUUUUGGUCCUUGUGACAUGUCGUACCAGCAGGUUAAGAUAAGCACCAUAGAGGGGAGAUGCAGGAUAAGCUCAUGGAUGAACCAAUUCUGUAUUGGUUUUGUUCCGUGGUAAUUUGAUUUAAAGAAUAAAUAAAAUAAAAUAAAAUAAUAGACUAUUCAUUUUCA